AUGCUUACAAGAUUGCAAUCAACAGAGGGGGCGAGAUGGCCCAAGUGGUUUGAGCGCGAAUUUACUGACCGGAAGGUUCGUGGUUCGAAUCCGACCUCCGCCACUCGACUUCCCUGUCUAGGCUUGGGCAACCUGGCACGGUCAGAUAUAGCUAACCGGCGGUCACAACAACAGUCACUCAGCAGAAGUCUCAAAGUCACGUUGGAGCCAACGCGCGGGCGGUAG